AUGGCUAAGCUGGGGGGUGCGGGCGGCGCCCCCAUCCCCCUGGGCUUCUGCCCCGAGACCCCCGCCCUCCUCAUGACGUGUUGCGGCUCCCACAACCUGGAGGGCCAGAAGGACCUGGGCGACAGAUUACUCCUCCAGAUUGGAGUUCGGCUGGUCCAGGCCCUCCAGGAGCUUCAUCUCCACGACGUCAUACACUGCGAUCUCAAGCCCGACAACGUGACACUCCAGUUCACCGAGGACGGCCAGCUGCACGCCCUUCACGUCAUCGACUAUGGAUUCGCGUGCCCCGUGGGCGGCUCGCAUCCUCGCAGGAAGACGCAGGAUCCGAAGCCGUGGUACUGCCACUGCUUCUACAACGGCACUCCCAUGCGCAAGGAGUGCGACGUGCAGGGACUGGGCUACAUCCUGGAGUUCCUCGAAGAGGCCAUGACGCAGGAGUCCCUCGCCCUCGACGACCUCAUCGCAAGGGCCUUCGAGCCCGAGCACGAGAAGCGGCCCACGCUGCAGGAGGUCGAAGCCUUGCUGUCCAGCCUGCUGGCGAGUCUCGGCGAGACCGAGGCCGAGGCUGAGGACGACGUGGAGGCCGAGGAGGAGAGUCGGCCGAGGACGAGGCGUGAGGCUGAGGACGACGUGGAGGCCGAGGAGGAGAGUCGGGAGGCCGAGGCUGAGGACGAGGCCGAGGAGGAGAGUCGGGAGGCCGAGGCUGAGGACGACGUGGAGGCCGAGGAGGAGAGCCGGGAGGCGCUGGAGGAGCGGCGCGGGGCGCUCAGCCUUCCGCUGCGACGACGGCCUGUGGUCCCCGGGCCUCCGUCGGCGCCUGCUUUCCUUUCGUUGCAGACGGACAGUGCAACUUUGGAAACAGUGCAACUGAAGGGAGGAAACAACUGA